AUGAGUGAUGAGGUUGGGGCACUAGUUUUUGACUUUGGAUCAUAUUCUCUUCGAGGGGGUUUUGCUGGCGAAGAUAACCCUAAGAUUGAUAUUCCAUCUACUCUUGGGAUUAUUGGAAAUGAAGAAGGUCUACCAGCGAAAAGAGUCGUUGGGCAAAAUAUCUUGAUCCCCCGUAAAGGAACUGACCUCCAAUCAUUUCUUAAAGAUGGAUUAAUUGAUGACUGGGAUGCUUUUGAGGAUGUAAUGAGUCACAUGCUACGGUACCUUACACCUGAAGAGGCUAGUCAUCACCCGAUACUUUUUUCAGAACCUUCAUGGAAUACAAAGUCAAAACGAGAGAAAAUUGCUGAAAUUUUGUUCGAAAAGUUUAAAGUUCCAGCGUUUUAUAUAGCCAAAAACGCUGCUUUAACUUGUUUUGCGAACGGCAGACAUACUGGUUUGGUUCUGGAUUGUGGUGCUAUUCACACAUCAGCCGUCCCCGUGUACGAUGGUUUAGUUCUAACUCAAGAGGUUAUACGCUCCCCUUUGGCUGGCGAUUUUAUUGUUCAGCAGGCACAAAGGUUAAUUAUGGAUGAGCUUAAAAUAGAAGUUGUUCCCUAUUAUCGUGUCGCAUCUAAGGAGCCUGUAAAUGAACGUGAACCUGCAAAGUGGAAAGAACGGACAAAUCUACCACCUGUUUCCACAUCAUAUGAGAAUUAUAUGUUGAAAUGUCAAAUACAAGAUUUUGUGGCGUCAGUUUUACAAGUUUCUGAAGAUCGUUAUGAUCAAAGCCAAGCGGACACUUUUCCAAUGGUUGGUUAUGAGUUUCCAAAUGGAUUCAAUUUUGAAUUGGGUCAUGAACGUUUUCAAAUCCCUGAAGCUUUAUUUGAUCCAUCUAUAUUGUUAGAAGCUGGCGGGAGUUCAAUGUUAUCAAUGAGUCACAUAGUGGCUAGUAGCAUUAGUAUGUGUGAUAUUGACAUUCGACCUAGUUUGUAUAGUAAUAUCAUAGUUGUUGGUGGUAACAGCUUAAUCACUGGAUUUACUGAUAGAUUACAACGAGAUUUAAAUAUUAAAACACCACCGAGUAUGAGAUUAAAAGUUAACUUUCCUAGUACAACAGCUGAACGUCGUUAUUCCAGUUGGAUUGGUGGUUCUAUUCUAGGAUCUUUAGGUACCUUCCAACAAAUGUGGAUAUCUAGUCAAGAAUAUAAUGAAUUAGGCAAAGGAUGUGUGGAUAAAAAAUGUGCUUAG